AUGUCUGAUCGCAAUAUAGCGGAUGUACGGUUGGACCACAACUACUUAAUUUCGAAACCGUCAUGUUCUAGACGACAGUCUUCCAGUUUGCAUAACAACGAGUGUAUGACUAACGUUGAGUCGGUUGUGCUUACACAGAGAUGGACUGUGAGUUUUAUAUUUAUAUUUCAAAACCAGAUGUUUUUUAGGUGAGCAAUUUCGAUAGUCUUUUGAAGUUGAGCCAGCCCGGAAGUUGCCUCCGCAGCACAGUGUUCAAGUUCGUACUGAAAGAGUCUUCAAAAUGUAAUUUUAAUGUUUUCAGGGAUGAUGCGGUUCCUGAGGCUUGCUGGCAGUUGUGCCUUUAUCCAGGUGGAAAGAGAGAAGAGAAUGCGAAUAACGUAUCGUUGUUCCUAAAGAUGUCAGCGACGUCGCCUUCAAAGGAAGUAUGGUUGAAAUAUUUUUGGCUUUGUGAAAACUCGUCUUUUCAGGUUGUUCUGAAAGCCGAGUAUCGAUUUUAUUUCUUAGACGACAAAGAAGAACCAAAGUUCAGCAAUGUAAAUGUUGGCGAAUUUCAUGCUAAACCUCCAAAAGGAGGUCAUUCUUGGGGGCUCCGCAAUAUUCCAACUACGAAAGUGCAAAACAGUAUUCGUCACGACAAAUCAUUGGUUAUCUCCUGUCAUAUUGAACUCAUCCCGGACGUUUCGAAAGUACCAUGCAAAAGAGUGCCAUUAGUGCCGUCAAUCAAAAUGCCAUUUUCACAGGUACCGACUUCAUAUGUUGACAGAGGUGAGUAGUUUUUGACUAAAAUAUUUUUCUAAUUCUAGUUAAUCCAGAACUAGUAAUGCUUGCUAGUGGAGAAGGAACGGAUAUGACUAUUGUUGCUGGACCAGAAGAUGGGGAACGUGAGAGUUUCCGCGUUCACGCUUACAAACUUCGAGCGCAUUCUGACGUUUUCCAAAUGAUGCUCAGUCAUCAACAAAUGAGGGAGAAUCAGGAAAAGAAAAUUGAAAUUCUUGAUUUUUCGCCUGUUUCUGUUCGAGCGAUGGUCGAAUUCAUAUAUGCAGGAGUGAUUAAAACAGAGAUCGACGUGGUUGAAGCUGUCGAUGUCAUGCAAAUCGCGGAAAAGUAUCAGAUUUUGGCUUUAAAAAUGACUUGCGAGCAACACCUCUUGGACAAACUCAACAUUAACAAUGUUUUGGACUGUAUCAUUCAUGCCGAGCGUUACAACACGGACGUUCUCUUCGAUGCGUGUGUUGAAUACGUAAGAGUAAAAACAAAUAAAGAAAAAACAUUAUAUCUUUGUUACAGGCGGUUCAUAAUCGUCAAAUGAUCAUGGCACUUCCUGCCUGGAGAAGCUUCAUCGUUGAGGAACCGAUGUUGGCUAAUAAUCUUCUCGAAAAAAUGGUCAAUGCAAAUGAUGUGUCUCCGCCUACUAAAAAAUCUCGAGUUUAA